GUAGAGUCGGUGUGUUGUUGGUCGCUCGGAUCAAGCACAGUAAUCAGAACGCGUAGCAGCUCCACAAUCGCGGGCAGUCCGUCUGAGGCCCUUGAGAAAUCCGGGGAAGAAAGAAUUAAGAAUGACAUACAUUCCGGGCGGACAGCUGCUUCUCCGGUGAGAGCUGUGGCCGGUAAAUCUGCCUCCGUGGACUCUUCCUCGGGGACCCCAGACUCAAGAAUAAUAUCCUGGGCGUGCUCUUCCGCAAUAGUUGAUUCGCUGGUCGUGACCGUCAUACGAAUCUCAGCGCUGUCUGGGGCAUCUUCAUCGCCCAAUCGCAGUUUCUCUUCCUCUGUUUCAGGAUCGAGAUCGUUUAGACGCAGGAAAACAGUCCGCACAACGGCGUGCAUUGUAUUCUCGGCAGAGCGUCGCAGAGUUUCUGGAGUCCGCGUCAAAAUUCGGACAGGACAAGAUCAUGUAACUUGCCGCUCAGCCGCAUUUGGCAGCACGUCAUCCGCAGAGACUAUCAUAUAUCACAGUCAUAAUGCGCAACAGCACUACUUCGUCGCCUGAGGAAUCGCUGGCUUCGAAUUUGCAAUGUGAAACAGUACUGCUG